AUGGAAAAUGCGAGCGGAUGUCCAAGAUGGUCAACAACAAUUUAUGGAACUAGUCUUUAUGAGUUAGAUACAACCAGAAGAACACUAAAGUCAAAGGCAACGAGCAGUCUGGCCACAAGAAACAUUAUUGCAAAUACUUAUGGUCAAAAAGCUAGUACAAUAGCAGGCACAAGCAAUUUGAACAAAGAAACAAAAACCAUAGAGACAAAUUCAAAUAACAUGGAGUUAUUGCCAGUGGAAGAAAAUUUAUUAUUAAAUCAAGAUAAUAUAGGCGAAGAAAAUACAGAUAAUAAUAUGAAGGCAAUUAAUAAUACAAAAAAGAUGAUAAAGCAAAAUAUUGCAAACACAGAAACAGAUGAUAAUGAAUCAGUAAACUCAGAAGAUAGUUUCUCAAGUGUACAUGAGGAAUGGAGAAAAAAAAUUAAUUUACAAAAGUAUAAAGUAUGGAUUAAAACAGGAGAAGUUUACAGAAAAAACUUAAAAGACAAAAUUGAUAUGAUAGCAAAUUUAUUAAAUAAAAAUGAGAUUAAUAUUAUUACAAUCAAAACUGAAAAAAAUUUGGAAGAUAAAAAACUAUAUGUUGUAAUAUAUCUGGAAAAAAAGGAAGAUAUGGAAAAGGCAUGUAAACUCAAAAUUGAAGGAACACAAUUAAAUGAUAGAAUUAAGUUCUGGGAAAUAUCAAUUGGUAUACAGGAACAAGAAUUUAAAAGUAUUAUAAAAAUUAAAUUGGGAAAUGUAACCCCAUGCAGUAUGAGUACAAGAGGAUUGUGGUCAUCUGCAAUAAUUGCAGGAGAAUAUGGAGUUAAAAUAGUGAAUACAGUUUUGAAAAUAUGUCACAGAUGUUAUGUGGAAGAUUAUCCUGUGAUUAAUUGUCCUGUGGCAAAAAAACAAAGGGAAAUUAGUGAAAGAAAAGUAAGAGAUUUUGAAAAUCAUGGGCAAUUAUAUAAAAGACAAAGGCCACAACUAUAUAAAUCUAUAAUGGGAGUAAUUAACAUGGUAACAAGUUACUCAGAUGCUUUUAAAAAUAAUAUAAAUAGAAAAGUUAAAAAUAAUAUAAUCAAAAAGAAUGAUACAACAAAUGAAAAUAUUAUGAACAUGUUAUUAGAAAUCUGGCAAGAUAUAAAAGAGAUCAAGAAACAGGUGAAAGAUAUAGAUGAAAGAUUGGAAUUAGUGGAAACUUAUUGUGCUUAUGAAAUAUUAAAUAAUGAAGAAGUGGAAAUCAGUGAUGAUGAAAAUGAAGAAAUGAAUGAAAAAGAAAUCAAAGGCACAAACAACUAA